AUGGAAAGCACUUUGAAAAUCAUCACAGAUCACCGUUAACCAUUUUCCUCAAACUGAGAGAAAGAGUAGUAGAGAAAGAAAGUAGUAGUAGCUGUAGCUGUAGCUGUAGUUGUGACGCGGUAAUGGCGGAAGGAGAGAGCGUGAAGCUCUUCGUAGGGCAAGUGCCGAAACAGAUGUCGGAGGUUCAGCUCCUCCAAUUGUUGAGAGAUUUCGCCCUCGUCGACGAGGUCAAACUCAUCAGAGACAAAGAGACGCGCGCUUCCAGAGGAUGUUGUUUCGCCAUAUGCCCUUCUAGAGAGGAAGCAGACAAGGCUGUCAACGCGUGCCAUGAGAAGAUUACGCUGCCUGGGGCAUCUAGGCUGUUGCAAAUGAAGUAUGCUGAUGGAGAACUGGAUAGACUAGAGCAUAAAUUGUUCGUUGGUAUGCUUCCAAAAACUGUUUCUGAUGCUGAGGUAUCAGCUCUAUUUUCGGUAUAUGGAACGAUAAAAGACCUGCAAAUUCUCAGGGGCUCUGGUCAAACUAGCAAAGGUUGUGCUCUUUUUAAAUUUGAGACAAUAGAGCAAGCACUUGCCGCAAUAGAGGCACUUAAUGGAAAGCAUAAGAUGGAGGGUUCUUCUAUUCCUUUGGUGGUCAAGUGGGCUGAUACAGAGAAGGAAAGACAGACUCGGAAAGUUCGAAAAGCACUUUUGCAAGCUUCGACUUUGCAAAUAGCUUCUGGACAACAUCAAGCCGUAUAUGGUGCUCUACCAAUGAGUUAUGUGCCUACAUACAAUGGCUAUGGUUAUCAGACACCAGGUCCUUAUAAUUUUGUGCGCUAUCGUCUACCUCAGUUGCAGAAUCGACCAACCUUCCCUAAUUUGGUACCAACUACAGCCCAAGGACGUUCUAUAUGUGGAGCCGUACCUGAUCCUGUACCCGGAACUUCACCAAGUAAUUAUGCAGCGCCAUCUGCAAACUACAUAGGUUCUGCUUAUCCAACUACACCAGGGGUUCAUUAUCCCUGGACACAUCCUAGAGCAAUCAUGAAUAAUCAGCAAUUUGGAGCUUCAUCAACUUUGUCACCCUUUAGUUCUAGUAGCCAAGCUGUAGCUGCUUCACGUGUUAGAGCAAGCUCUGUUGUUCACGUUGAAGGUCCUCUCGGAGCUAAUCUAUUUAUCUUCCACAUUCCCCAACAAUAUGGUGAUAUACAGCUUGCAAAUCUGUUUCAGCGUUUUGGUAGGGUACUGAGUGCAAAAGUUUUUGUUGACAAAACAACGAAUGUCAGCAAGUGUUUUGGUAUAAAUUCUCUUAAAUUUUUCUAUCUGUUGCAAGUUAUAUUUAAUGGUUUUCCUUCUAAUGAGCCGCUAUCUGUAGGAUUUGUUAGUUAUGAUUCACCAGCAGCAGCACAAAAUGCAAUUAAUGCAAUGAAUGGUUAUCAGUUAGGUGGUAAAAAAUUGAAGGUUCAACUUAAAAGGGAGAGUUAACAAAAAAAUGUGAACUUUGAGGUAAGUGAUGAAGACAGCUGAAUUCAUCACGUGUGAAUCUUGACAUGAUUCAGAAUCUCGGAUUUGGAAAAUGUUGCGAUUGGGCAAAUGGGGUGGAUACAGAAGUUCUGGCCAAUCUUCAUCUCCAAUUUGUAUAUUGUACUCGUAGUUUGUAAAACAGUUGCCGCACAUUACUCAUUGAAUUUAUUUAUUUAAUUUAAUUUAUAUGACUUGUUUAUUUAUGAAAA